AUAUUGUAGAUCUGGAGCCAUUUUGUAAUGUUGUUAUAGGACUUAAAAUUUCUUAUAUUACCUAGCGUUUAUUGCGGUAUAUUUGUCGCAUCAGAUGUAGAGUAGAGUAUUGUAUAAGAUUUAUUUAGCUCUGUUAUUGUGGCUGCAUGCUGCGUAUAGAGAGUAUAUUUGUUGAUAUAUAAUCCGUGGUUGUUGCAUCCCAUAUACUAAUGGAAUUUUGUAACGCGAAAUGCGUUUUAACAUUGUAGUACCACCAAUGGACAAUUGCAAAUGUCAUGGCGUUAUUCCGUUUAUGCAUUUUAACAGGAAGUACCAGUGUCUCACCAAUGAGGGGCAGUAGCGAGCCUGGCGCAGUCCAAAUUGUGACUGUUAGCAAGGAGGAUCACUCCUUCUCACUGGACACAGAGGCUCUGGAACGAGUUCUUUUGUCCCCACACGUCCGAGACAAGCAUGUCGUGGUGCUGUCCGUUGCCGGCGCCUUCCGCAAGGGCAAAAGCUUCAUUCUGGAUUUCAUGCUUCGAUACAUGUACAGAAAGUCUGAGGACAACUGGUUGGGAUCAGAGGAUGAGCCCCUGACAGGCUUCUCUUGGAGGGGGGGCUCGGAACCAGAAACCACUGGAAUCCAGCUGUGGAGCGAGGUCUUUCUGCUGGAAAAGCAAGACGGCUCUGAGGUGGCAGUGGUGCUGAUGGACACCCAGGGGGCUUUUGACACCCAGUCUACUGUGAAGGACUGCGCCACCAUCUUCGCCCUCAGCACCAUGACUAGCUCCAUACAGAUCUACAACCUCUCUCAGAAUAUCCAGGAGGAUGACCUACAGCAGCUUCAGUUGUUCACAGAGUACGGUCGCCUUGCCAUGGAUGAAAUCUUCCUGAAGCCUUUUCAGUCCCUAAUGUUCCUCGUCAGAGAUUGGAGUUUCCCCUACGAGUAUCCCUACGGACUGAAGGGGGGCAGUGACUUCUUGGACAAACGCUUGCAGGUAAAAGAGUCCCAGCACGAGGAGCUGCAGUCAGUGAGAGAGCAUAUCCACUCCUGCUUCAACUCCAUUUCCUGUUUCCUGCUGCCACACCCAGGGCUGAAGGUGGCCACCAGCCCCGCUUUCCGGGGGCAGCUAAGAGACGUGGCCCAGGAGUUUAAGGACGAGCUCCGUACCCUAAUUCCUACACUGCUGAAGCCAGCCAGCCUGGCUGAAAAGGAGAUCAAUGGCAACAAGGUCACAUGCAGAGGUCUGCUGGAGUAUUUUAAGGCAUACAUAAAGAUCUACCAAGGCGAGGACCUUCCCCAUCCGAAAUCCAUGCUGCUGGCAACAGCAGAGGCUAACAACCUUGCAGCAGUGGCAGCAGCCAAAGAUCAAUAUUACAAGAACAUGGAGAAGGUCUGUGGGGGAGACUUGCCUUACGUCUCACCGGACUCCUUAGAGGAAAAGCAUCAGUUCUGCCUCCAGGAGUCACUGGAUCUCUUCACGUCCACCAAAAAAAUGGGGGGACAGGAGUUCUGUGAGCGCUACUACACCCAUUUGGAGAAGGAGCUGGAGGAGAUGUGGCAGUCUUUCAGGAAACACAAUGAGUCCAAGAACGUCUUCAGUGCAUUCCGAACACCUGCAGUGCUGUUUGUCCUUGUGUGCUUCCUGUACGUUCUGUCGGGCCUGCUGCUGUUCAUUGGAUUGGCCAGUAUGGCGUCUCUGUGCGACCUUGUCCUGGGCCUGGCCAUGAUUGCCAUGCUCACUUGGGCCUUCAUACGUUAUUCUGGAAAAUAUCGCGGGCUUGGUAGUGCAAUAGACCAAGCUGCUGGGGUACUACUGGAACAGGCUACAGUGGUAUUAAACAUGUCCAGAAUGCCAGCAGUGGUGCAACAGAAGAAACAAAGUUAGGUUCCCAAAUAAAGCUCACUGGCAGCCAGGUGACAUUCAUGGCUCACAUAAUAACAUAGUGAUACACAAAAUGGAUACCAAGAGAGAAACAGCACAAGUGUCUGGUCGUAUACGGGCUCUAAAAUCUUAGAUUAUUGACACCUUUACACACACCACAAUACACUACGUGGCAAUGACAGUAAUACCAUUUCACCAGCACAAAAGUGUGGCAACCUACAGCACUAUCCAGCUUUAAACGUUAAUGCGAGGUGUACUGCAGGGCUCCGUCUUAGAACCCAAAGAACGUCAUUUUGUACUGCUAUGCAUUCACACUGCCUUAAGCUGUUACCCUGUCUCAGGGGCACUGGUGUUUGUUGUUUAGAAAAUUCAAAACUAGGAAGUAGGUGCAUUUAACACACCAGACAUUGGUCAGUUAGCUUUGUCACCACAAUCUUUGGGUUGUGUGACUGUAAUAUCAAAAUAUGUUUUAUCUGGGUUUCAUCUGCAAAUGAUUACUUAUAAUUUAAACACCAGUGUACUAUAUAAUUUAAUAAUUUAAUGUCUAUAUAUGCCUCAAAUUUGAUCUGGCACCAUGCUGCAUUAAUGCCUUGUAUUUUACACAAUGUGCCUUAUACAUAAUUAUAGCAGUACUCCCAGGGUAAUAAUCAGGUGCUGCGUUUUUUUAUACACUAUUUUUCUGCUUAUGGCUGUUUUUCCGCUGUAGUAUUCAGACAUAUUGUUUUCCCUGUUAUUCCCUUUUUCUUAUGUUUAGCAAUUAGAUACAAAAAAAAAACUUUCCACAUACAGGUUGGAUGUGUGUAUACUCCAUAAUGCAUCCAUUUAAAGUGUCAUGAUAUUUUUAUUGCAUGAGAAUUGGUCCGCUACUUAGAUUGUUACAUGCUGUCUGUUAACUCUGACUCCAUUCCUGUCUUUAAGAAACUCAACUCUGCCGUAUAUCAAGAUUUGUUUUAACUUUUAAAUCAUCACAUAUUCUGUGAUAUUUUGGUUAUAUCAUUUCAGUAACUCGCACAAAGUUGCAUCUUAAAUGAACUGAGAUUUUAAGUAGUGAAGGACCAGUUAAAAGGUUUAUAUUUGAUAAUACAGAAAAUGAAUUCCAGCUGCAAGAGAACACCCCUCAUAACUAAGCAGUAAUGUUUAUAUAUAUUUUUUUAUUUAAUUACUCUGUACAUCACAUUCCACAACAUGUUGCAUUCAAGUCUUAUGUCAUCCUGUAAAGUUGCACAUGUAAAUGAUGUGGGUAUUGUUCAUUAACUUUGAUACUCUUUGCACAUUUUACUCUUUGUUUAAAUUUAAAGUUUAUUCAUUUAUGUAAUAAAAACAUUUGCAUUAAAUGUAUUUACUCAGCUUUCUUUCUCUCCUGGCUUUACCGAUGUUAAAUGUAAAUUUAUUAUUUUGUCCAAAUCAGCUUACACGUUAAGAGCAUAUACUGUGUUAUAUCGUUUACUGGAAUUGUUACUGAAAGGAGUAAAAGCUUUUGAACUAAAUAAAAUGAGAAUGUUUAAAAUGAA